AUGACUUCCUCGUCAAUAAAAAAUCAAUUUGAAACCCUUCAUAAUGUCUAUCUUCAGGAUACGUGGUUACAACAACGUCUCCCUUACUCAGAAAACGCGAAUCUUGACAACCAAAGACUUUAUCAGACAAUUUAUAAUGAGUUCUUAGAUUCUGACUUGAAUAAAUCCAUGGAACCACAUCUUCCUCCAUUAAUUGAAGAUAAGCACAAAAUUAUCAUCGGUGAACAUCAGCCAAUUAUACUUCAAAUAGCCGAUAUAUUUGAAGUUGGAGUUUCUGCACAAUCACUUCUUGAUGUAGUAAAUAGCUACUUGUCAGGUUCUGUGAAACAGGGUCAUAAAUAUAACGAUUUAAGUGAUAGACAAUAUGAAUCGAUUCAAUUCCCACGGGGUAUGCUUAAGUUCCAAUUAACUGAUGGUUAUCAAUCAGUUGACGCUAUUGAAUACAAACCCCUUUCAAAUCUGAAUUUACUUACUCCAAUUGGAAUAAAGAUAUCAGUUAGUAAAGCUUUGAUUUUACGAGGUGUUUUACUUCUUGGACCUGAAAAUGUAACUGUUCUCGGAGGAUUUUCUAAUGAGCAUAGGUCGAUAAAUGCAAUUCGAAUUCGUUUGUUGAAGCAACUAGGUUUACCUGUCACAGAUUGUUCUCAAGAAAUUCAACCAAACCAAGAACCUGAGUCAACAAAUGAAAAUCAAAGAACACAAUCAAGUAUUAAUCCUAUUGAUUUAGUUACCUCGAGAAACACUAGUACUCAUUCUUUAUCAUCCCAAAAUGAACCAUUUGUAAGUUUAAGUAAUGCAACAAUAACAGAAUCUCAAUCGGAGUCUCAAUCAAUACAAAAUAUUUUAUUCCAAGACAGCGUAAGGGAAAUGUUUGUGGAUGAUGUUGAUCUAUUUAAUGAAAAUGUGGUUUGGUCAAAUGAUUCUUUUAUCAUCACGUCUGAUACGACACCUGAUGUCAACAAUGAAUUAAAUCCAAUCAUAAUAGAUGAUACACAAGAUUUCUCAAAACCUUUUGUUAUGGAUGAAUUUUAUGAGGAUACAUAUCCGGAAAUAGAUCAUCAUUCUUUUCGACAAGAGGAGGAAGAUACUAUGUGCGUAAACAAAAAAUUGGAUGAAAUUUCUCCAUAUUACAACAUGCAGCAAAAUAAACAGGAAGAUCAGAUAUUGGCGACUUCUAUAGAGGAAACACGAUUUACACUGCACUCACCCACUAGUUCACCUCCAAUUCUAUCUUGCGACAUUUCACCUACCGAAAAAACUUCAUAUUUGUCAAUACUGUCACAAGACACGGAUGAGCUGCCUUCUGAAGACGAAGCUAUUGCAAGCUUUAACAAUAAAACAUAA